ACAAAAUCGCAAAAAAAAACUUAGUUUUUAAGGAAAAUUGAAAUAAAAACUGUACAAAACUAAGCUUAAAGCACCAUGCCACGCCUCACCAAGCAAAGACGAGCAGCCCAGGCCCGAGAGCAGCGCAAAAAGCUGAAGCAAAUCGCACCGGAUCUGGAUCCGACCACCUGGAUGUUGAUGGCCGUUGAAACUGAGGAUCCGGAACCGGUCGUAACUCCAGCGGAGAACGAGGUUUACCUUCCGGAAGAGGCGGUUCUGUUGGAUGAACCACCUGUGCCGAAGCCGAAGGAAGACGAUUGCAAGCAAGUUGCAGCGCCAGAAGUUGGUAGUUGUGUCUUCUGUUCGCGCGACCUGCCCAACGACGGGUCUGCCGGCGAGGUAUCUGCGUUACUCGAGAAGAUUGAGUUCGUGCUGGCCACGUCGGGGCUUUCAAAGUCGAUGCCAUGCUGCCUCAUGUGCUCGCAAAUGUUCGAUUUGUGUUGCGACUUCAAGCAGAGAUGCCUGCAGGCUUUGUCCGAGCAGAAGGAGCUUCUGAAGGAGAAGGGCGUGGAACCGGUGAAGCCGGUUGAGGAGGCUCAGAAGCUUUUCAGUUGUCCCAUUUGUUUCGUAACGUUCACCCAAGAGGACGAGUUUGGAUAUCACACGAACAAGCAUUAUGGCAUCAAACCCUUCCGAUGCAAGAAGGGAUGUAGGAAAGCGUUCCACAACCCAAAGAAUUGCUUCAUCCACGAAGUCCUGUGUUCGGCAGUGCCGCUUAAGGAUUGUGACCAAUGUGCGCUAAGCUUCGCUACGGACAUCGAGCUGGAGAGGCACAAAAUCAUCCACAAUGAGCCCCAGUUCUCGUGUCCUCGAUGUAGCAGGACGUUCUUCUUUGCACUUGAUUGCGAAAACCAUGAGCGAGUUUGUCGCUCCCAAGCGGAAGAUCCACUUCAAGGUAUUAAACCGGAAGACGCGUUGCAAACUCUGGAAGGAGAUUUUCGUGUUGACAGCUUGAAUGCUUCCGAAAUUGUCGAGAAGAUGCCCGAACCACCUGUUGAAAACCUAGAUCCAGAUGUGGAGAAUAACUCCGUAGAUUUAGAAUGUUUAGGCACCAUUCAGAACGUCAACUUGACUAAAGUGCACCAGGCCAAAUGUAAGCGCUACGUUAAAAAGCUAAAGAUCCGCCAGUGUGCACUCUGCGGCAAAACCUUCAAUAGCAGUGCGGCCUUUGAGACGCACCUCAACAAGCACGCCGGAGUUCAAUCGUACAGCUGCAGAAAAGCCGGCUGUAGCAAGACGUUCUUCGGCAGUGAAGCGCGCAAAAGCCACGAAGUAUACUGCGGAACCAAGGGCUACGUGUGCGAGGUCUGUGGCGCCACGCUCCGUUCCCCAACCUCGUUACGAACGCACCGGGCCAAGCAUGACGCGCCCCGAUUUGCGUGCCAGCAGUGUGACAAGCGGUUCAAGACCAAGACCGCCCUCAAAAAGCACAUGCCGGCACACUCGGUGGAGCGCAAGUACGAGUGCGAAACGUGCGGCAAGCGGUUCAAGUCGGCCGAAGCGAACCGGGUGCACCAGAGCAUUCACACCGGCUGGAAGCCGUACGCCUGUACGGAAUGUGGCCAACGGUUCGCGUACAACUGCCUGCUGAAGCCGCACCUGGUGAAGUGUCGAGCGCAGUAGGAUUGGUUGUGGUGUUAAUGCGAAAACUUUAAAUAUGAUACUAAUUUUUGUUUUAUUCUAUGCUUCGAAAUUUCCUGAAAUUUUUAAAUGAAAUGAUUUUUCAGGAAAAUUAUCGGAUAAGUUUUGACAUUUUCUAAAAGUCUUAUAAAUGAAGGAAACCUCCAGAAUUCCGUGACUUUAU